GGGCCCGCCCGGGCCCGCGUUGCGGGGCCGCCCCUCACGCAUCCUCCUCCUCGCAGUAGAGCCAAGACGCCGCGGAGGCCGGCGCUGAAGAAACCGUCUAGCCCCAGCCUGAAGGAUCCCGUGGGGGUGUACUGCAGGGUGCGGCCGCUCAGCUGGCCCGACCAGGAGUGCUGCAUCGAGGUGAUCAACGAGACCACAGUGCAGAUCCACCCGCCCGAGGGAUACAGGAUAUUCCGCAACGGAGAGUACCGGGAGGUAUUUUUUUGUGUUUGGCACCCUUGUUGUUCAGAAGGAGCUUUUUGAUGUGGUGGCUAAACCUCUAGUGGAAGAUCUCAUUCAUGGGAAAAAUG